AUGAGCCUGCUCGACACGCUGCUCGAGGCGGCGCGCUUCAUCGAGCUGCAGGAGCGGCGCCUCCAGGCCGAAGAAGAGCCGAAGUCGCCGGUGUCGGUGCGAGUGGUGACAGGGCUACCGGUGACGCCGCGCAGCAACGGCGUUGUUCGGCCGACGUCGCCGCUGCCGGUAGCUCCCCCCUGCCCGCCCGCACCCGCGCCUGCCAUCGUUGCGCUCGAGCCGGUCCCAGCAGCGACCGCACCUCCUCCCGCGCCCCUCCUCGAUUUCGCACAAGAACAUUCCAGGCCGCGAACGACGAGUAACAGUCAUGGCCCACCUCCAAUUCCUUCACCUCCAUCGGUUAGCAGCAACGGCAGCGGUAGCGGCUGCAGCAACGGCAGUGGCAGUGGUAGCAGUGGAAGUGCCCCUCGUGCGGGCACGAGAGAGGUCCACAACAAACUGGAGAAGAACAGACGAGCACACCUCAAAGAGUGCUUCGAACUCCUCAAAAGACAGCUGCCAGCCACUCCCGAUGACAAGAAAACUUCCAAUCUUUCUAUACUGGGCUCCGCUAUUAGAUAUAUUCAGGUUCUUCGUCGUAAGGAACGCGAUUGUGAGCACGAAAUGGAACGACUGGCUCGUGAGAAAAUCGCAGCGCAACAGAGGCUCUCCGCCUUGAAAAGAGAGAUCUCGGUUCGAACAACUGUUCGCCCUCGGAGUAUUGAUGCUGUUACGGAAGAAAAGAAUACAGAAGAUCCUGUAAAUGGGCAAGUUUUAGGAAUUCCUAUAAGUAUAUCAGCGUCGCCACCGCGUUCCGUCGCACGAAUGGAGACGUCUCCUCCCCGCACUCUAAACCUAAGCACGAAGUUGCGUACGCUGCCCAUACAAAUCACGCCCACCACCUCGCAGGUUGUACGGACAUCGUACGGUGCGAGGCCUAGUACGCUGACGCUUACUACGCUUGCGCCGGCAGAACCUCCCACUCAGAAUGGGCAACCUGUUGAAAACGGUGUGACGAAUGCGCUUAGCACCUUAGUACAUCCAGCUCAAAUACAUCUACCCUUAUCGCAGGUUGUUGGGAGCAGUGGUUUGGUCGUAGGUUCAACGGCUCUACAGCUGUUAUCAACAACCAGCGGACUCCGUGUUCUACAAACGCCCGUACAUACCAACGGUGUAACAACUACGACCGUUGAAACCACUACUACUAGGAUAACUAAAGAGAACGGCAUCAUAUCCCCGACUCCUGUCUCCACGACUGCAGAUGGCAGCGUGGUCGUGAGUGGACUGACUCCUCUAGUAGUAUCGCAACCCGCCACGCAUUUGUUACAGACGCACACACUUACCCAUAAGAUGGUUGAGACUCAAAUGGUGAAGGGCACGGUGGCUCCGCUGACGGUGAGCGCGCAGUACCUGAGCGCGACGACGAUCGUGAAGCCCGUGGUGGUGGUGUCUGCGGCGGGCGCCGCGCCCCCGCACGCGCCCCCCUCGUGA